AUGUCGAAUUUACCGUCCCAUGCCUCUCCGUCUUUCGGGGCGCAAACGCCUACCACGCCACAGCCUGUCGACGAGCUUUCUCUGAACUCGAACAUCACAUCAGUCCCUGUAUUACACUCCAGAUUAGAUGAACUCCGAGAUGAGACUUCCAGUCAGAUCAGCAGCACCGACACUGACCGCGGGGACAUGACCCCCGCGGUUCCCGCAUCAUUACUCUCCCCCUCCUUCACCCCUCCAGCGACCCCCGGGGGCUCAAUCAAUACCGCAGAGCUGCUCCGACAGGCCCAAUUAGCCAGUGCACGGCAAGAGUCAACACAUACGAAGCCCCCGAGGCUGCUGUCUCGCCUUCCCAAUGUCGAGUGUGUCGUCCGCGCUCGGAUACCCACGACAACGGGCGCGGAGAUGUUUCUCCACCUGUAUCACAAUGAUUUGGACAACAAAGAGCAUUUAGCGAUUGUUUUUGGGAAUACCAUUCGAAGCAGAAGCUUGGACAAGGUCCGACCUGGGGAGACGGAGAUGGAUCGCAUGAUCCGCGGUGCGUAUAUAGGGAAACUCCGUCCGGGCCGUGUGAGCAGCUGGUAUGACGAGGAGAAAGCCGGGGAAGUUGCCAGCCCGGAAGCUGGCGGUGCUGUAUCCAGUCCGCACACACCGCCUCAGAGCAGCCUCAAGGAAGCACCUCUUGUGAGAAUCCAUUCGGAGUGCUACACCGGUGAGACGGCUUGGUCUGCACGCUGCGACUGUGGCGAGCAGCUCGACGAGGCAGCUCGACUCAUGUCGCUGCCCACGGAGACAUUGGCAGAGGCUGCGUCCCAGCAGGAUGUGGCCGUACCGUCAAAUGCUGCUGGGGGUGUGAUUGUGUACCUGCGCCAAGAAGGACGAGGCAUUGGUCUUGGCGAGAAACUGAAAGCGUACAAUCUUCAGGAUCUGGGAUCUGACACGGUGGAAGCCAAUCUCCUGCUUCGCCACCCUGCGGAUGCAAGAAGUUACGGAUUAGCUACGGCGAUCCUGGUGGAUCUUGGUCUAGGGGUUGACUCGAAUCCGCACGGCAUCAGGCUACUCACGAAUAACCCGGACAAGAUUCGAGCGGUUGAGGGACCUAACCGAGAAGUGGUGGUGAAGGAGAGGGUGCCGAUGGUCCCAUUGGCAUGGAGAUCGGGUGGAAAGAUGGGAAUCAAGAGUUCAGAGGUCGAAGGCUAUCUAAGAACGAAGAUAUCGAAAAUGGGCCAUUUGCUCCAAUGA